AUGGCACCUAGGUUUCUGUUGAACUUCGCAAGGUAUUACAAUUCGAAUUUCGAUCGUAGGCCCAUACCUACUUUGAUCAUUACCAAUGGAGUUUUGAAUACUAUCGCGGAUGCUCUGGCACAAACAUCCUCAAUAAUAUUACAUGACCCCACACCCACCUCGCCCACGCCAUCAUAUGACCCCGAACGUACCCUCCGAUUCGCAAUUUACGGUAUGGCUAUGGGACCCUUGAUAGGACAUUGGAUGAGGUUACUCGAAAGAGCUAUACCCGUUAGGAUAGGGUCGAAAGGCGCUGGGUUGGGGUUGGCAAAGAGGGUAGCGGCGGAUCAGUUGAUAAUGGCUCCAUUCGGUAUGUCACUAUUCAUAUCAUCGAUGGGUAUCAUGGAAGGCAAAUCCCUAGAAGGGAUACAAGAUAAAUUCUCGGAUAUGUACUAUCCCGCCUUAAUAGCCAAUUGGAAAGUAUGGCCUCUGAUCCAAACUAUAAAUUUCAAAUUGAUGCCAAUCCAAUAUCGUGUACCGUUCCAAUCGACUUGCGGUAUCGCUUGGACAUUGUAUCUUUCGUUACUGAAUGCCAAGGGUGAAGAAGGUAGUGCGAAAGAGUGA